GCAUUGUUCAAAGGUCCUACAUAUAAGUAGAUAUCAUAACUAACACAUCCAUUAUGUUGUAGAGCAUAGUGAGGAAAGGAAGAAACUUAUCAUUUUCUCAAUAUUCAAACUAGCUUCAUCCAUAAAUUAAGGCCCCAUUUCGACCUGGCCAACAGGCAUCAGCACAUGGCUUUUCUUUCGGUGGCUAGUGGCGAGAACAUCAGGUCCAACUCAAAUCUUGUCUCCAGCCUCUUGUAUAAAUAUUUCCCCUUCCAUGAGCCUUUUCAUCAUCAACUACUAGCAGCAUCUAUUCAGCUAUCAAAGGUCUCCAAAUAUCUACUUUACUUUCUUGUUUCCAAUCUUCCAGAGAAAUUGACGAACAAUGCUCAGUGCUAAGAAACUCAUCAAGAUGGCAAGGAAAUGGCAGAAGUUUGCUGCCAUGCAGAGGAAGAGGAUUUCACUUCCCAGAAAUGGCAAUGAUGAAGAUAGCUGUAGUACAUCUGCAUCCUUUAUAGCUGGUAAAGGCCAGUUUGUAGUGUAUACAACUGAUCAAAGGCGCUUUCUGAUUCCCUUGACUUAUCUGGAAAAUGAGGUCAUUUUGCAACUUUUAAACAUGUCUGAGGAAGAGUUCGGUCUACCAAGUGGAGGCCCUAUUACAUUACCUUGUGAUUCAGCCUUCAUGGACUACAUCGUUUCACUAAUCAAGAAAGGUGCAGCUGUUGGAGAUCUUCACAAAGCAUUGCUCCUCUCAGUUACUUCAUCUUGUUGUUCAACUUCUUCUUUGCACCAAGAAUGGGGAAACCAGCAGCUUCUUGUUUAUUAAGUUAUAUUUUAGCGAAUGAUGGCUCAAAAUAGAUUGUAUAGAAGGUGAAAAGUAGGCAAUUGAAUCUGUGUAUUGCAGAUCGAAUACCACUUUAUCUGAAAUUUAACCAGAUUUAUAGAUCUCAAACUUUCGAUUCAGUUGGAACUUAUAGUAUUCUCAUCUUGGACCUGGUAUAGUUUACAGGGACCUUAUUUUUUAUGCCAGUAGCCAACAUUGUGGAUUAAAACUAGCAGAUGUAUGAAUCAUUCCCACACAAUUAGUUAAAUCAUAAUAGUGAUCCCCUUUAACUUUAGUUAACUCUCAUACUUGAUCAAUCAUAGAUUGAAAAUGAAGCUGCAGAUUCCAGUAAGUUUCAUCGCAAAGAUGCGGGUUGUCACAGUUUAUACCAAGACAUUGCAUGUGCAAUUCCAGUAAGCUCAUAACUCUGAUGUAAAUAAACCAUUAUCUGGACCCAUUGACAGAAAACCCACCUAACAAAAACAAGUGGUCUUAGUAAGUUGGACUAAGUAAUGAAAAUCCAGUAUGAUUACUUUGAAUGGGGCAUUUCUGUUGACUAACAAGAUCAUAGUUCUACAAUGUGCACAGAUGAAAUUGAAGAGCAUAGCAAGCCUCAAAUCCAAAUAAACUAUGAACCACUGGUAUUA